GCCAGGCCCCGUCGUUUUGGUUGGACCGGCUUGUUGCGGGGAGGGAGGGGGAAGGUUGUUUGCUGCCUGGGAGCUCUGCGCAAGGGAAGGUAAACUGAGCUCCCCAGAGACGCCUCGAAGCCUUUGCUCCAGCCUAGCCUUCUCUCUCCAGCUGGCACUACAGCCUGGAGGCGCCUUCCUCCACCCUCCCGAAUGGUGCUCCUCUUCGCUGGCCUCGGCCCAGGAUCCAGGCCCCCUUUGCCCCCUGCCUUGGAGCUGUUGCUCCAGUUCCGUGUUGGUGGACUCCUGGUGGAGGGGAGAGAAGAACUUUUGCCCGGACGGGGUUUUAGUUCUAGGAAUUUCAGCCUCUGAGUUUGAGGUUCUUCCUUUGCCCACUUUAUCAGCCUUUUGAGAAGACAAACACUUCUCUUUGCCAUCUAGAGCCCAGGAACCCUCAAACUGGGGCCCUGGUCCCAGCAUGUCAGUCCUCUCUUGUGCAUAGGGCUCUGCCCUCUCCAGGUCAGCAUGGCUGAGUUCAGACAGGUUCCAGGGGGGCGGGAGACCCCACAGGGGGAGCUGCGGCCAGAGGUUGUAGAGGAUGAAAUUCCUGGGAGCCCAGUGGCGGAGGAGCCUGGAGGAGGAGGUGGAAGCAACAGCAAUGAGUCCAAAUUGUCCCCAAGAGAGGAGGAAGAACUGGAUCCUAGAAUACAGGAGGAACUGGAGCAUCUAAACCAGGCCAGUGAGGAGAUCAACCAGGUGGAGCUACAGCUGGAUGAGGCCAGGACCACCUAUCGGAGGAUCCUGCAGGAAUCUGCAAGGAAGCUCAACACGCAGGGCUCCCACUUGGGGAGCUGUAUUGAGAAGGCUCGGCCCUACUAUGAAGCUCGGCGGCUGGCUAAGGAGGCCCAGCAGGAGACACAGAAGGCAGCGCUGCGGUAUGAGCGGGCUGUGAGCAUGCACAAUGCCGCCCGGGAGAUGGUGUUUGUAGCCGAGCAGGGGGUCAUGGCUGACAAGAACCGACUGGACCCCACGUGGCAGGAGAUGCUCAACCAUGCCACCUGCAAGGUGAACGAGGCAGAGGAGGAGCGGCUUCGAGGCGAGCGGGAGCAUCAGCGAGUGACGCGGCUGUGCCAGCAGGCUGAGGCCCGCGUGCAGGCUCUGCAGAAGACCCUCCGGCGAGCCAUCGGCAAGAGCCGCCCCUACUUCGAGCUCAAGGCGCAGUUCAGCCAGAUCCUGGAGGAGCACAAGGCUAAGGUGACAGAACUGGAGCAGCAGGUAGCACAGGCGAAGACCCGCUACUCAGUCGCUCUGCGCAACCUGGAGCAGAUCAGCGAGCAAAUUCACGCGCGGCGCCGGGGCCUGCCUGCCCACCCCCCAGGUCCACGGCGCUCCUCCCCUGUGGGGGCUGAGGCUGGGCCUGAAAGCCUGGAUGACGGGGACAGUGGCAUUGAGGGUGCUGAAGGUGGGGGGCUGGAGGAGGGCGGCGGCCUAGGGCCUGGACCUGGCGCGGACACAGACACACUGAGCCUGCUGAGCCUGCGCACCGUGGCCUCCGACCUGCAGAAGUGCGACUCGGUGGAGCACCUGAGGGGCCUCUCGGACCAUGCCAGUCUAGACGGCCAAGAGCUGGGACCCCGGAGUGGGGGACGCCGGGGCAGUGACGGUGGGGCCCGAGGGGGCCGCCACCAGCGCAGUGUCAGCCUGUAGCACGCUAGCUGGGGCUUUGGGCUUGUCUCCCACUGUAGUCUCAUCAGGGCCCUUGGGCUUCUUCCUGCCCCUCAGAUCCCAUCUUUCCCCUGGAGGCCAGCUGUGUCAGCCCUCUGCCUGCCCUGCCUCCUUGGCCUCCCCUGCCCCUUCAGGAGGCAGUCCUGCAGGGCCUCUUCAGAAGGCUGCUCUCUGUACUCAUCUCCUUCCCCUUACCCCUCUGAGACCCUUGACUUCCCACCUUCUGACUUCUUUCCUUCCUGGUCUAGCUUUGCCCCUCAGGGAACUUGGUCUAGAACACCUGGGAAGCUCAUCAGAGGAAAUGAGUACCCUAACCAGAGGGGUGCAAGGGGCUGCUGCUCCCCACCCACCCCAAGGCGGCUCCCAGGGUGCCCUAGCUAUGCUGCUGAGUCCUGCCGGCCAUGUGCCCCGCCCUUCUGUCCUAGCCUGCCUGUGUAUGAUUGGUGACCUUUCACCUCUGGAGACACCACCACCCUCAGUGUGCCCUUUUGUGAACUGAGCUGCUGUUAUAUGUGCCCUGUAGCAGAACUUGCCAGAUGGAAGGGAGCCUGACCCCAUUAUCAGCAUAGGGAAUGUCAUUCUGGACUGGCUCUGUAUAUGUGGUGUUUCUCCAGCUGGGCUGUCCUCAACCUUGCCCAGGUGCUAGUGGGUCCCUGAGGGGUCCAUGUGGGAGGCUGAUGCGGUCCCCACCCCUUGCUCUUGCAGUGGAGCUGGGCCAGUGUUUUGAGUGGGUGCUGCUGAACUGCAUCUCAGCACCCUCCUGUGGGUGGCGUUAGGGAAUUGGUGCUCAAUUGCUCUCCCUUGCUUUCCCUACUGCACGGUCCCUGGGGAGUGCUUAGGCUAGCCUGUCAAGCCUUGCCUGCCAUGAUGGGGGGAGUCCCCUGGCUGAGGGUCCCAGCCUUCCUCGGGGAGUUGCUCCAGGGGUGGUGCUCCCAGUGUGUGUAGGGAAGCCAAACAGAUCUGGGUGCCUUGGGAGAGCUGGUCCUGCCGUGUCACCCCAAAAGGACAGGGAGCUCUUUCCCAGCCUGGGUGCUGCUGCAGCACUUGGAGGAGGGGUGGGCCUUUCUGCACAGGCCUCUCCUGCGCUCAGGUUGGAGGAGGAAGGUCACAAUGAGAACCUUGGGGUUUGAGGUGGCCACUGGUGGGAAGGAGAAUCAGGGGACAUGGGUGUGCAACGAUGAGAACCUCAAGGUUUGAGCUGGCCACGGAUGGGGAGGGGGAGGGGAGACACGGGUGUGUGUGAGUGCAUGUGUCAGUGUGAGUGUGGGAAAGGGACUGCCUUGGUUUUAUUUAAAUAAAAUAGUUUAUGUAACAGUAA